GCGGCGAACGACGUCUUACCUUCAUAGUGAAUAGUUUACCGCACCACGGACAAAAAUAUUUAGCGUCGUGAUCCGGAUGCACCUUAUGCUUGUUAUAUUCAGUUAAGGAGUAAUAAAAUAUUUUAUGAAUUUUGCGACAUGGCUAAACUUUUUGUUCCUUAUUAUAUUACAAGACGUUUAUAUUCUGGAGGCGGAGGGAUAACAGCUCGAAAAUAUGUUUUAACAAAAUAUUUUAAAGGGGAACCUAAGAUAAGCGACUUUCAAGUUAUAGAAGAAAAACUUCCAGAUUUAAAAGAAGGCGAAAUUUUAACUGAAGCGGAGUAUCUUAGUGUCGAUCCUUACAUGCGCGCCUAUAUGAUUGGCUACAAGUUACCUACUGACAUGAUUGGAGGCCAAGUUGCAAAAAUUAUAGCAAGUCGCAACAAAAACUAUCCUGUAGGUAAAUAUGUAGUUGGAUCUUUUGGAUGGCGCACACAUACCGUGUGUGAUCCGAAAGUACCGGAAAAACUUGGAUUUAUACCAAUCACUUUGUUGCCUGACAUUGACCCACAUCCUCGAUCUUUAGGUUUGGGUGUAUUGGGAAUGCCUGGCAAUACUGCUCAUUUCGGCCUAAAAGAGAUAUGUCGGCCAAAACCAGGGGAAACAAUUGCAAUUACCGGAGCAGCUGGUGCUGUUGGGUCUCAUGUUGGGCAGAUUGGUAAAAUGCUUGGCUGCAAAGUUAUUGGCUUCGCAGGCAGCGAUGAAAAAUGUCAAUAUUUAAAAAAAGAAUUGGGCUUUGAUCACGCUUUUAAUUAUAAAAGUGCAAAUAUUAGACAAGCUCUAAAAGAAGGCGCACCUCAACGUAUAGAUUGUUAUUUCGAUAAUGUGGGUGGCGAAAUUAGUACAGCUAUAAUGAAUCAUAUGAAUAAAAACGGGCGUGUUGCGGUUUGUGGUUCGGUAUCAUCUUACAAUGACGAAAAAUUACCUAAAGUGACAAUCUUACAGCCAGCAAUCGUUUUUAAGGAACUUGUAGUGGAAGGAUUUUUAGUUAAUCGAUGGGUCGACCGUUGGAAUGAAGGUAUUACUGCCAAUCUCAAAUUGUUGAAUGAAGGAAAACUUAAAUAUCAGGAGAAAGUAUAUCACGGAUUUGAUAAUAUGGUUGAUGCAUUAGUAGGCAUGUUACAAGGUGAAAAUACUGGAAAGGCGAUUGUCAAAGUAAAAUAGUUUAUUAAUCUGUAAGUGAUUCAUGAUUGUUUCAACACUGUUAGAUUAGCCACGCAACUGGGCGAUAUUGCCGGCGACUUGGCCGCAAAUAAAGGCGUCAAGGGAAUACUUUGUAAGUGCAUAUGGUACAGAAAGUUUGCAGGGUCUGGCUGCAUGGAUCUAUCAUAGUAAAUUACAGAAACUUUACUUAUUAUACCACUUUUCACAAGGCUCGUUUUGCAAUCGAUUUUCACUUGGAAGAGUGGCUGUUAGCGGUCGACGUUUGAACAUACUAAUUAGUAUAUUCCAUUAAUUACCUGUUUUUUUCAUACGUUGAUAUUGUACUCCGCUACGCGUCGUGCUGUCUCCUAUCUAUAUCUGUCAUUACAUAUAGUUCCUGUACGAAGUAAUAGGUGGUGCUAUAUGAUAAUUAGCGACUCCGUUAUUUGUGUUCAUAUAUAUUAAUUGUAAGUAUCUCCCUGCACUGCCUGAGUCAAUUACGGCUUAUGAUAUUCGCUGACAGCCGCUGCUAUAUAAACAUCUGUUAAGUAAAAAUCAAAUCUUCUGUAUUGCAACAUUAAUGUAAAUAAGUUUAUAUCUUAGUGUUAUAACGUCGUCGUAGUAAAGUGCCUUUAUGAAAACAGUUAAAUAUCGAUACAUGUUUCGAGCAUUAAUAUCGUUCAUAAUAAAUAAAUAAAAU